AGCAACGAGUUGUUGACAUUUCCGAGACAGCGGGAGCGUCUGUACCUCUGCGGCGUCACUGGGAGCCCGAGGGAAAACUGCGCUAAAGGCUUGUCUUUCCCCUGCCCGACCGAGGGAGCCAACGUUGCCUGCGCUACAGCUUGCUUAUUUUCGUCGCCUGUUCUCCUGAUCCUGCGUGUUCUAAAAACCCCUUAGGCUUUCCAUGGGUUCCCAGACCAUGGCGGUGGCGCUGCCCAGGGACUUGCGGCAGGACGCCAACCUGGCAAAGAGGAGGCACGCGGAGCUGUGCAGGCAGAAGCGGGUCUUCAACGCCAGAAACAGGAUAAUUGGGGGAGACACUGAAGCCUGGGAUGUUCAAGUUCAUGACCAGAAGAUAAAAGAAGCUACUGAAAAAGCUAGACAUGAAACCUUUGCUGCUGAAAUGAGGCAAAAUGACAAAAUCGUGUGCAUAUUGGAAAACCGGAAAAAGAGGGAUAGGAAAAAUCUCUGUAGGGCUAUCAAUGACUUCCAACAGAGCUUUCAGAAGCCAGAAACUCGCCGUGAAUUUGAUCUGUCCGACCCCCUAGCCCUUAAGAAAGAUCUUCCAGCCCGGCAGUCAGAUAAUGAUGUUCGGAAUACGAUAUCAGGAAUGCAGAAAUUCAUGGGAGAGGAUUUAAACUUCCAUGAGAGGAAGAAAUUCCAACAGGAACAAAACAGAGAAUGGUCUUUGCAGCAGCAAAGGGAAUGGAAGAACGCCCGUGCUGAACAAAAAUGCGCAGAGGCCCUCUACACAGAGACAAGGCUGCAGUUUGACGAGACAGCCAAGCACCUCCAGAAGCUGGAAAGCACCACCAGAAAGGCAGUUUGUGCAUCUGUGAAAGACUUCAACAAGAGCCAGGCCAUCGAGUCAGUGGAAAGGAAAAAGCAAGAGAAAAAGCAAGAACAAGAGGACAACUUGGCCGAGAUCACCAACCUCCUGCGUGGGGACCUGCUCUCCGAGAACCCGCAGCAGGCAGCCAGCUCCUUCGGGCCCCACCGCGUGGUCCCUGACCGCUGGAAGGGCAUGACCCAGGAGCAGCUGGAGCAGAUCCGCCUAGUCCAGAAGCAGCAAAUCCAGGAGAAGCUGAGGCUCCAGGAAGAAAAGCGCCAGCGAGAUCUGGACUGGGACCGGCGGAGGAUUCAGGGGGCUCGCGCCACCCUGCUGUUUGAGCGGCAGCAGCGGUGGCAGCAGCGCGACCUGCGCAGAGCUCUGGACAGCAGCAACCUCAGCCUGGCCAAGGAGCAGCGUUUGCAGACUGCAAAGGGAGGACCCCUAAGAAACCGGGUACCACCUGUAUGCAUGCAGCAGGACGAGCCGCAGACAAAACUCCUCAGACACUGAGUUAAAGAAGGAAGUGGUUCUUUCGGCCGGGAGCAUCAGUGAGCUGUUGCUGUCUACCGGAGAGCUGUCCACCAGCAGGUGGCACAUCUAUCUCGCCUGCUCCCAGCAUAGCCUCUGGCCAUCUGGUUUCCACCUGCACCGGGUCUCCCUCUGCAGAAGCGACAGCCACUUUGGAAUGUUGGUGCAAUGAGGUGACAGGUCCCCACGCUCCUGGGUGGAGCAGCGUCCUGAGCCUGGUUACAGGAGGGAUCCUGGGGUGAAGGUUGGGGAUGGAGCAGGGGCCUCUAUAGCACCUUUUCCAAAGACGCAUGUUUCCUUUUCUUUUCUUUUUCUUUUUUUUUUUUUUUUUUGGGACAGAGUCUUGCUCUGUCACCACCCAGGCUGGAGUGCAGUGGUGCGAUCUCGGCUCACUGCAACCUCUGCCUCCCGAGUUCAAGCGAUUCUCCUGCCUCAGCCUCCCAAGUAGCUGGGACUACAGGCGCAUACCACCACGCCCAGCUAAUUUUUUGUAUUUUUAGUAGAGACGGGGUUUCACCGCGUUAGCCACAAUGGUCUUGAUCUUCUGACCUCGUGAUCCACCUGACUCAGCCUCCCAAAGUGCUGGGAUUACAGGCAUGAGCCACCGCGCCCAGCAAGAGGCAUCUUUUCAACCAUAUGGAUUGUGCCCACGUGAUGUUAAGAGAGUGGUGAAAAGAAGCUGGAGGAAGCCGAGUGAGAACGAGGCUGUGAGUGACACAGA